UAAACAAGCCCAGUUGUCGUGCAGCAAGCAUUGAGACGACUCAUAAAAAUGACUGAUUCAAACUUUAAUUUAGUUUUAAACCCAAAAAUUUUCCAACAACAAUUUGGGAAAUAGCUUUUUUAGGGACCAAUGCAGCAACAAGUGAAAACCCUUUCAGUACAAAUGUUGAUGAGACUUGGCCUGUGCCAGUAUCUGUGAAAAGAUGCCUGUGACAGUAGUUCCUGUCGUUCCCCUUGAUUUGAACAGGGCCCCACCCAAGCCUUUUCCCAGGCUACGUUAUGGCAACUUCGAAAUAUUCAACCAUUUACCUCCCUUACACAAAAGCUUCACCUCAGGAGAAGACCACUCUAGUCGUGUUGUUAAUGAGCAGAUUUUCCAAACUGUUUGUCAGUGGAUGGACACUUGGCAACCAUGGCAACAGAAGAAUUUUCUAUAUGGAGUUGCCAAUAGGUGUAAUGUUGCCCAACUGGAAAUAUUCUCGACGACCUUUGAACCCCUGCGUCACAGAGACUACAAGUCAGUGAUCUCCCAUGGAUACCCCCUCUCCUCCCUGAUGGAGAAAAAGCUGGUUACAAAAUCCCAUGGGGUUAAGAAAAAAUCCCAUUCUAAAAGGAAGGUCUCAAACACAGCCCAUACUCCAAACAAGUUAGUGAGGCUAGCGCCAGUUGUAAGUGCCACACUGGUGAGACCAACACCAGUUAUAAGCAUCACGCCAGCGCAGCAUAAACCUAAGGUUAAUGAGGAAACUGAUGAAAUGAGGAAGAAAGUUAAAGAUGAAGUUGGCCCGAAAAUGACAGUGGAUCAGUAUGUUUCUUUGUUGUCUUCUUCCAUUCUGCUGUCUGCUUUGAAUGAUGUCCUUACUUCAGGAUCAUCAAAGAAAGCGUCGGUCGAUGGCUUACCCACCUGGGAGGGUAACCCUGGUGUUCUCAGGAUCCCCGAAAUAUCACUUGACCCACUCACAAUAACUGUCAAUACAGGUGUCGGUGAGAGAGAAGUCACGAUGACAGAUGAGUUUAUUGUGACAGAUAAGACUAAGUUGACAGUUGGGACUAAGAUGACAGACGAGGCUAUGGUAACAGAUGAGACCAAGAUGACGGACAACACCACAGUGACAGAUGAAGCCAUGCUGACAGAUGACACUGACCCACAAAUAGAUGCCAGACCUUCAACCAAUCAGAGCCAAGCCACAAAAUCGGAUGGCCAGACUUCAUUAAAAUCUUCAGCCAAGUUUCUAGGUCGUGAACUGGAAUUCACUGGCGAAGAAACAGCUGAUGCUACAAGAGAGAAAUGCAGUUCUGGGGAUUUUCGAUACAGAACAUUUUCUUCCUCCGCACCAAGCACAAGGGAAUAUUUCGACAGAAAAAGACUAGUGCACCUAGGGCCAAUGCAGCAUCUUUUAAGGACUGGUUCAGUACAGAGGCCAUUGAGACUUGGAUCCUUGCCAGUUUCCUUGCAGAAGUUGGCCAAAAACUCAAAGUUUUGGCCUGCUGAGCCCCCAUCUGGCAAGUUUUUUCAUCAGCCCAAGAAACAAGAACUGGCCACAAAUUUUAAAGAACAGCUGGACACAAUAUGGAAAUGGUUUGACCAGUGGGAGAGCCAUGAGAGGACAGCACUGACAAGGGAGGUGAUCAAAGUCUGCUCACCUGAUGUGUUGGAUGCAUUUUGUGCCUACGUCCAGCAGAGAUUGAAAGAUUCAAGGGACAUAAACCAUUUGCCAGACAAACUUUUGCUCUAUGUGUUGUCUUUCCUGGGACCAGCAGAUCUACUCCAAGUCUCCAGGGUGUGUCGAAGAUGGCGCUACCUGUGUGCCAUGGAUGACCUGUGGACCUUGAAAUGUCUGGAACUUGGAGAGAGGGAGGGGGUGGCCAACAUACCCAACCUGGUGCUGAGUGCCAGACGAGGCGCCGUGGAUAUUGACUGGAUGCUGGCUUACUCAGAACUUAAGAAGCUCAUCCGCGACUUGAAGGAGACCUUUGGUCAGAAUAGGAUGGAGGGGUCUAGUUAUCCUGCAAAAUUAGAACGUAAGAAAAGCAGGAAAAUGAUUUUUGCAGGUAAAUCAGAACAAGUACCAAGAACAGAGUCCCAGAACUUAAAGAGAAACAAGAAGGGAAGUGUGAGAAUCAAAAUGAAAGACAAAGAUGAGCCAAAAAGAGCAACCAAGUUUUCUGCGACUGUUUCCUACAGUGGGGAUAGUGUGUCUAGUGGUGAUGAGGACAUGAUGCUGGACACUGGUCAUUCAGUGGAUCAACCCCAGUGGAGUCCCACUGUGCCACAACAAAGCCAGUCCACUGAUGUCACAGGUGUGGGUAAACUGGGGGGUGAACAAGCCCAGGGAGGUGACGCCGAGCAGGGGGAUGUGGCCCGGACAAAUGGUGAGACGCCCCAGUCUGUUGUGACCAGCAGUGGUGAGCCACAAGCCAGCAGAUUGUCUCACCAAUCCAAGGGCAGAUCAUCCAGAAUAAGGGGAAGUCACUCUAAAAGCUCAACACUGAUGGAUAACAAAAUACAGAAAAUAAACAGGCCAGCAGGAAAUGGUCAGCAGAAGACUGACCCAGGGGAGGCUGUACUGGACAUGAGAACUGACCUAGUUCAAAGCCAUGACCUACUUGGUAAGCUGGUGAGCAGAAGUAACCUGAAGUGGAGAGAAGCUGAGGCUGAGAGUGAUCUCCCUGCUGUCUAUGCUGGACAUAUAGUGGCCAUCAAAACUAUGAGGAAACUAGAGGGCCACAUGAGUGCUGUCGUAUGCCUAUGGUUCGACGUACGUCGCAUCGUCACGUGUGGGCUGGACCGCACUAUACGAUUAUGGGACGUGCGCAGUGGGAGGAGCCUCCAUAAAUUUCUUGGACAUCUGGGUGGGGUGAGGUGUGUUCAGUUUGAUAAUGACAUUCUGGCUACAGGUUCCUGGGACAGCCUCAUUAUGAUCUGGGACAUGAAGCACUUGACCAACAUCACCAUCCUACAUGGCCAUAGGGACUCUGUCACGUGCCUGGAGUUUAACUCAGACUUUCUAGUCUCAGGAUCCAAAGAUGGCACUGUGAGGGUCUGGUAUCGUCCAACGUUUUACUGUGCCAGGGUAAUCAACCUGAGCGCCCCAUUGGUCAGUUUUGUUCUUGUGCAGCACGACAUCAUCACUAGUACUGCCGACUUGUGCACUCAGAUGGUGGAUGUGGCCACAGGGGAUCUCAAGUUAAAGUUUGAGUCACCACUUGGGGAGGUGAACAGUUUGUUGGUUGUCGGUAAUUUGAUGAUUGGGGCCGACGCACAGGGUCGGGCCUGUUUCUGGAACCAUCUGUCCGGCGAGCUGGAGGCGGCGGUUCAAGUCCACGACGCUCCCGUCAACAAACUGGCCUACCACAACGGUCACUUUUACACAGCAUCCAGUGAUUCGACUGUGAAGGAGUGGGACCUAAAGACAAUGACCUGUUUAAGAGUGCUGAAAGGUCAUUUAGGUCCUGUCAGGGAUGUCAAGGUGUCGGACAAAAGGAUCGUCACAUGUGGGGACGAUGGGACCACGAGGAUUUACGAUCUGGACAUGGGCUAAGUCCUGGUCAAGUCGCGCUUACAUCAGGCUCUGAGAGGUCAGGUCUUGGAAAGGUCAGGUUCUGAGAGGUCAUGUCUCAGAUAGGUCUUGGACAUGUCAAGGCGUGGACAGGUCAGGACUUUAGAAAGGCAACUGUAGAUGUUUUCAUGUCCCCCCCCCCUUCACCCCUUUUUAAAGGGUCAUCGGUUUGACAUAGUUUAUAGUUGUCGUUUAUCUAACUUAGUACUAGUACAUAACGGAACAUGUGUUGUUUUUUUCUCUAUAACAUGCGAAUGGGUAAACUCAUUCCUCUUAGCAUUCAACCAGUUCAUAUUUAGCAAACUCAAGCAAUAACGUAUUCAUGGGGUAAACUUUUAAUCUUGAUUGAUAUUGCCAUUUGUUAAAAGAUAAGUUAUCAGGUUGUUGUUUUGUACUAAUUGAUCUUUGUUUUUGACAAACUGUAUGUUUUAAAAAACUUAAUCUGGAGAAUUGUAUUUAUAAAUCUUAAUCUGACAAAAUGUUUUUAUAAAUCUUAAUCUGACAAAUAGUAUAUUAUAUAAAUCUUAAUCUGAACAAAUUGUAUAUCUAUAUAAAUCUUAAUCUAACUAAUAGUAUACCUAUAUUAAUCUUUAUCUGCUACUGCUGACGGUUCAAGUGAUAGCCAUUAAAUGGUAGAUUUUUUUUUUUCACAAGGCAGCUGAUUUGUUUUUCAAAGAUAACAUUCUACUUGUCAAAAUGUAUCACCCAUCUGUUGUUGAAAUGUAAUAUUUUAUUGUAUUGUAAAAUUAAUUUAUUCCAUUAAAUAUUUUUUCUUGUAAUUAUUUUUUAAAUGUAAAAUUAGGUAGAUAGCUUUAAUACUGUCUCAUAUUUGAAUCCAUUUUUUUUUUUGGUGCUAGCUUAGCAAAUCUGUGAUAUCAUUGAUACAUUUUAUUUUCUUGGAAUUUUUUCUUCUCCAAUAUUUUGUGAUAGUUGUUGAAACAACCAAUUUAUUUGUGCCAAAAAAAUUCAAUAAUAAUUAUGGAUGUAUUGUUUUAACCCAUAUUAUCCCAAGGUCUCAAAUUUUUAUAAUUUGUUGAUAUGGUUUAGCUUUUGGGCACUGAAUGAAGGAAUGGCUAUGGAUUUUUUUUAAAAAUCAAUACUUUUUUAAAUAUCGAUUUUUUAAAAAACGUCCCAUAAAUGGGACGCCAGCAACGAACGGCCCCAUGUACAUUUAUUGAAAAAUAAAAUCAUUUAUCACGAAAUAUGGCUAAUCACGCGAAAAUUAAGCUGUAUACUGAUUUUGUAUUGUUAGACCAAUGAUUACAUUGUUUAGGACAGCUAAAAAUAAUGAUAAUGAUCAAUUGGGUUAGCCAUACCAUGGUCUAAAAUGCAGAAAUUAUGUUCAAAUGUCUAGUUUUCUUUCAAUCUAGCACCCAUCAAAGUGAAUAACACUUGGAAAUAAGUAAAGCUGUGACUGGUACAUCUAAUUAUACACACAUGAUCACAAAUAUUGUUAUUAUUCAUCGAAAAUGUAAUAUAAUUAAAUAUAAAUAAUUGAUUUUUUGGGGGGCGUACUUGAAAUUUUCAGGGGUGGGGACUUAAAUUUUAGGGAAAGGGUGGACAUUGGUGAAAGUAUGUUUUGUAUAUAAAUUCCAUUUUGUUCUGGGGGCAGAGCCCCCCCCCCCCUCCUCCGAAAUGAUGCCUGAAAGAAACUCUGCCCUCAGUGAAUUUGCAAAAGAUGAUCCGGUCCAGUCCCAGAUGUCAUCCAGCCAUCUUCUCUUUUGUUACCUUCGCUAUUCCCUCCCCCCCCCCCCUCACAGGCGUACAUAAGGACAUCAGACAUCUUAUUUCUAGGGCCCGGAUCCGUCUCUGGGGGCUUGUAUUGAGUGUUCAUGGCUCUCAUCCAUGUAUGCACCUCACUAUGCGAACAGCUCCCAAUCUAACAAAAGGAAUCUCCUUAAAAAGUUAACAAAGUAAAACUGGUAUCGGGAACCUUUGGAGUGAAUAUUAUUGGGGCAUGACAACUGUACACAGCUAAUUCACAUUUCUGCUAUAUGUAGCAUAAGCUCUCUUAUAUGAAGAGAGUUAACCAACCCCCAUGACUGAAUCAUUUCACCUAAAUCGUGGCCAUUGUUAUUAUUUUGUUUUGUUAUGAUUUUAAUAUCACGCGCUA